AUGGAUGUGCAAGACUUCGUGAUCUAUGCCCAGACUUCCCAGGAGAAGGUUCUUGGAGUGAGGGAGUUCCACUUGGGUGGAGCGUUGAGGGAUGGCAACCAGGAUUUGCUCGGCCAAAAGGUGCCCUCUCAGUGGGGUGACGUGCAUUUGUUCGAUUUGUGCCUGACUUUUGGCCACGUUGACACAGCAUGGGCUAUGGCUGAAAGAGGAGUGAAAGGUUGCAGGUUGGAAGUGCAUCACCUUAAGAAGAAGUUCCACUCCCAGAACAGGGGUGGCUCGAGGCGGUACUCCUACUGCUGGUGCAGCGGUUGGCAGACCUGUCAAGGGUGCUGCUUUGGCUUCCCGGUCGAUCAGGGCAUUUGGAUGAAGGACUGGAAUGCAAGCCUCACGGAUGCUGCAGAAGCUGCCAGCCGGAUGGCCCAACAGCCCUUAGUUCACAUGGUCCUAGAGGCGCUUUGCCACGAUGCUCUGCCGCAAGCUCUGGCCAUCUCUGAGGAGGCCAUGGCACACUUGCUCGAUAUCGCCAUCCUCAUCGGCGACAAAGAGGCGGCCAUGAGCUGCGCGGAGCGAUCCCGUCUCCGGCCUUUGCGGCGGUGGAGCUGCGAUGAGAUUUUCGAUGUUCACUGGCGAGACUUGAAUUACCGUUUGACUGCAGAAUAUGUGAUUGAGUUGGGUCACGGAGCCUUGAAACUUCGAGAUUGCGGCAUUCUCCUUGCAGCCCUUGCGGCCGGUGUGGAGCUGCAGGGCCUCGAGCAACGGAAUUCCACUUUUUGGCAAGAUGGAAUCAGACUUCCAAGCUUUUUUGUUCCUGAGAUUCCUGUCCGGCUUGCAAUGGCUUUGUCCGGAUCUCCUUUGGCCGAUUUUGCAGACCUAUCGCAACCACCUGAAACUCCCUGGGUACCACCAAAGCCGAAUGCAUUGGGAGAACUCUUCUUUAAAGGAGGCAGCAACAGGGGGAUUCCUUAUUUGUGCAAGGACCUGCUUGAAAGUGCUCAGAGAGCCGGAAUCUCCUUAGCUGCUUUGGAGGUGCUUGACACGAGUCAGUGGCAUUUGCUGGAAGCGACUGAGUGGAAUUUGCUUCCCUCGAUCUCGCUCUUGGACUGCGCUAUUCUCUUUGGGCAAUCUGAUUGUGCGGCUUUCCUUGCUACUGUGGGCGCUGAGCUGUCGGACUGCGACGGCCUCCACUUUUGUGCGGAGAGUAGUGUGCUGAAUGCGGAGCCAGCGCGCCGGCCUGCCGCGAUGGCAGCAGCCCACACGGCAUUGUCGAUGGUGUGGAAAUCGGAAAUGGCCGGCAAAGGUAUUGCAGUCUACCAAGCCAUGAACAAGCUUUCAAAUGGGAGACCCUUCCCCCCGUUUCUUGUGGAUGAGGUGGUGGCUCUUUCUAUGGAUGUGCCGAAGAUCAUUGAGCAACUGGAUUGGUGGGCGGAAGCACAUGCUUGGUGCAAAUGCUUGGCCGAAGCAAAGCGUGCUUCGCUUUCGCUGCUUGCUUCAACACUCCAAGUUCAGAUGAAUUCUCAGAAAGCUGGCAGCUCAGAAGGUGGACUCCAAGCUUUGCCGCAAGGGCAUUCAAACAGCGAGGAGGUUGGUGCAGAGGAUUUGCAAGAGCCUCGCGCAACUUCGCCAAGCCAACAAGAUCAGCACGAUGCAUAA